AUGGACGAGGACUGUGCCAAUCCCCAGCUUCUUGCCUGGGUCAAAGAAUGGCUCGACCUAGCCAGGGAGCGCAACUCGAAAGGAAUUACGACAUAUAAGCGCGCAUAUGAUGCUCUGAAAGCAUGCCCUCUCACAUUUCAGCACCCUUCUGAGCUUCAGCAGCUCAAGGGCUUUGGCCCGAAGCUGUGCGAUCGGCUGGAGGAGAACCUCAAGAAGCAUUGCCAGGAAAAUGGCCUGCCGAUGCCAGAACAUCCACGACUGAAAAAGCAGCGCGAAAAAGAAGCAGAAGGCGACGCACCGCAGGAAGGUGGGAAAACCAAGAAGAAGCGCCAACCAAAAGCAUACGUGCCGACUCUUCGUUCCGGCCCUUAUGCCCUAAUUAUAGCACUCGCCACUCUCCCAGAGGACGUCUCAACGGGCCUCACCAAGACGGAGCUCAUCGAAAUCGCACAGCCACAUUGUGAUGCAUCGUUUAGUGCUCCAAGUGACCCGACAAAAUUCUACACGGCAUGGAGCUCGAUGAAGACGUUGCUGCAAAAGGAAAUGGUUUAUGAGCGCGGCCGACCUCUUCGUCGCUAUGCACUCACAGACGAAGGCUGGGAAGUCGCAAAACGCAUCAAACGCGCGAAUGGAAUGCAGACUGAAGAGUCUGGAAGCAACAGCAUCACAGGGAAUAUCCCAGCGCUACCGCCUCCUGCAGAGCGGACUCCGUCACUGUCGCCAGAACUGGCCAUCAUUUCCGAAGCGCAACGCCUUGUCCGCGACACUGUAGCAGAUGGCCCGCAAGUAGCAGCCGACGACAGCUCCAUCCCCAAGUUCACGCCUGUCCGGCUCGCACCCGGUUCCUUCACCGUACACUUGCUUCUCGACGUGCGCGAGGUCCGCGCCAAGACGGACCGCGACUACAUGCAGGAAGAGCUCGCCAAGCAGGGCGUCAAGGCCCUCAUGCGCAACCUCGAGGUCGGCGACGCCCAGUGGAUCGCCAAGUGCCACGACCCAUCGCUGCUCGCCCGCCACGGCGCCGAGGGCGACGAGAUUGUCCUCGACUGGAUCGUGGAACGCAAGCGCCUCGACGACCUGAUUGGCAGCAUCAAGGACGGCCGCUUCCACGAGCAAAAGUUUCGCCUCAAGCGCUCCGGCGCCACCCGCGUCGUCUACAUCAUCGAGGAGAUUGCCAUGGACGCCGCCUCGUACAGCCGCUACGAGGAGGCCGUGCAGUCGGCCAUUGCGUCGACGCAGGUCGUCAACGGGUACUUUGUCAAGCGCACCGCGAAAAUGGACGACACGAUUAAAUAUCUGGCGCGCAUGACGCAGAUGCUCAAGUCCAAGUACGAGCGCAAGCCCUUGCACGUCAUCCCGACAACGGUGCUCACGGCGCAAAACUACAUGCCCCUCCUCACGCACCUACGGGAGACGGAGCCAGAGACCAGCUACUACAUUACGUACGCGGCCUUUGCGUCGCUGGCGUCCAAGUCGGAGACGAUGACGCUCAAAGACGUCUUUCUCAAGAUGCUCAUGACGACGCGCCGCGUGACGGGCGAGCGCGCGCUCGAGAUCCAGCGCAAGUGGAAGACGCCCCACGAGCUUGUCGAUGCGUACCGCCGCUGCGGCCCGGGCGAGGCGGGCAGGAAGCGAAAGGCCGACCUGGUCUUUGCGGAGCUGGGCCACCUCGUGGGCAAGAAGAAGUUUAGCAAGAACCUGAGCCAGUGCAUUGCUGAAAUUUGGGGCGACUACGCUUGA